UUGAGUCAAACUAUAUCCGCCAUGUUCAAAGUCAUGAGACAAAAACUCCCAGCUUCCUCUUUCAACUUCAUAUAGCUGCAUAGAGCGACUUUCACUAUUACUAAAUGACUAGGAAGAAGUUUAACAAGUUCAUACUGGAUUCCACAUCAGUAGGAACUAGUGAACUUUGUGUCACAAAGAAAACAUGUUUUUAUUUCGGUCUUUUUGUUUAAUAAUCUUCCAGGUAUUCUUUUUCCUCUUAGGUUCACCAUGUGAGGGUAAAAUCUCCUGCCUAAAUGAAGACGGGCAGCCGGUUGACUGGUUUGUCAUGUACAAAUUACCAAGAUAUCAACAAGGUAAGGUGGGAAGUGGUGUUGACUACAUGUAUUUGGACCCCUCACUACCCAGCUGGCAGAUGAGUAAACAUGCAGUGAAUACCAGUGAAGGGGCAUUAGGCAGGACACUAAACCAGCUAUACCAAAGAUAUGAGUCCAACAGCUCGGCAUACUUGCUCUACAACGAUGCUCCUCCAGUACUGGUGUAUAAGAAUAAUUCUGGACACUCUAAAGGGGCACUGCUUUUUGACCAGUUUCAAGGAUUCUGGUUAACACACAGCAUUCCUCACUUUCCACCUUUCCCCGAAAUGGGUUAUGGCUACCCCUCCACUGGAAAACUCUACGGCCAGGGUGUACAGUGUAUGACCUACAGUUACAAAGAAUUCCAAAAAAUAUCACAUCAACUAAUGUAUAUUAACCCAUACAUAUACAACUGCUCAGUGCCAUCAGCCUAUUACACAGAGAUCACAGUAAUGGCACAGAUCUGUGCGGGCAAAAAUCAGACUGUGGUUCCCAGACGAAAACUUGAAAUGCUGAUGUCAGUCAAGGGAGAAACUUUUAUUAGUUUUGCCAAAUCACACAGCUAUGUUGAUGACAUUUAUGCUGGCUGGAUAGCUCAGACACUCCGGACAGACUUGCUAGUGGAAACAUGGCAGCGAAAAGCUCACCAGCUUCCUUCCAACUGCUCACUUCCCUACCAUGCGCUGAACAUCAAGGAGGUCCGUCUGUCUAACCUGGUUAAAUUCAGCUCCUAUGCAGAUCACUCCAAGUGGUGUGUCUCUUGGAAAUACCAAACCCAGUGGACUUGCCUAGGGGACCUGAACAGGGAGAGCACACAGGCGUGGAGAGGGGGUGGCCUCAUCUGUACACAAAAUCCUGUUAUCUACAAAGCUUUCCGUUCAGCUGUGGCCUGGUAUAAAAGUUGUUAAUAGAGAGAAGUAAACUGUUAUCUACAGAAAUGACCAGUGUUUAAAUACUUUUUAAGGCAGUUUUGUUUGAAUUUUAAUGUAGAAAAUACACUCAUUAGAAAUAUCAUAAAACAUAGUUUAAAUGGCAGGCCUUGUGCACUUUGCUGGAGAUUUUGAAGACACCCAUAUGCAACAAACAGUCCCAGUUGUUAAUGAUCAAGUUAUAAGUUAACCUGUUCUCACAUCUACAGUGAUAUGAUCAUGGAUAGAGCUGUUUGUAGUGCGUAGUAUCAAUUGUGACAAACCUGCUUGGCCUGUACAUUUACCAGCUUCCUAAACAGACCACACUGGUCAAACUGGGAGACCAUCUUUUCUCUAUAUACCUCAAUAUUGUCUAUAUCGCUUAUCCUGUUCAGGGUUACAGGAGGCCUGGGCGGGGUGCCGUCUAUCCUGCCAUCCAUCACAAGGCUCACAAGCACACACUUACACACACUAUGGGCAAUUUGGAAAUGCCAAUUAGCCUAAUGUAGGGUAUACCAUUAAUAGGUGCAAUUCUUUUUUCCUGACAAAAUCUGCCUUUUGCAAUAUGAUUAGUAACCAGAAACUGGGAUUUUAAGCAUGUGUCUAGUGCAGUUAAGCACCAUAUCAAACUAUUUUUCAUCAAGUAAUUGUGCAGCUGCUUUUUUCUAAAAGGAUAUGUAAAGAGAAAAAGUCUGCAUCUUUUUAAACCAUGAAAGUUACCAAUAAGAAAUGAAGUUACAGUUGUAAAGGUUGUGCAGGUUUAGAAGAAUAUUUUACUAAUGUGCUUUUCUCUCCAAAUCUGCAUGUGUUUUUUUAGAAAUUAUUGUUGUAUAUAUAUAUUUGUUUGCCGUGCGGUAAUUGUAUUAUUGGUCUAAGUAAAUUAACAUAAUUAGAAGCCAUUAAUUUGGCUUUAAUUUCAAAUAAAACAACAACAAAAAAGAAUGUAAGUGAAAAGGACAAACAGUAGAGAAAAAUUUAACAUUUUACAAAAAGUAACUGUACAAUGACAAUAAAAAAGUCUAAGUCAAAGUCGAAAAGUGAACAUAAAUGCAUUUGGGAAUUGCAUUUACUUACAG